GGUUACACCAGAAAUGCUAACCAGCUGUGUGGCUAGCCUUGUAGCUAGCCUCGCCGGUUCGUGCUGACAGUUAACUCACCUUGCGUUCUCAAUAGUUAACUUUCAUUGUUAAUUCAACUAGUCAGCCGCUGACAACAGAGCUGUAUGACAGUGACUGUGCUGCCACAGUGUUACUGGCUUCUUAAUUUCACACAGCUGAGGCGCUUAAAAUGAGAGAAGGAGUGUGUGUCGUGUGACUCAGCUCUUGUGUAGCCAUGGAGAAGCCGUGGAGGCUGUGGGGGGCAGUGGAGCGUUGUACCCUGACUGUGGCCUCCUGGUCCUGGGGUGCUUGUCGAGUCUCCCUUUUGGCCCUCAUCCUCACCUUCCACCUGUAUGGAGGAUUCUUUCUCCUAGCUCUUAUCCUAGCCUCUGUAGCGGGCAUCCUCUACAAAUUUCAGGACGUGCUCCUCUACUUCCCCGACCAGCCCUCCUCCUCUCGCCUUUACGUUCCCAUGCCAACAGGAAUCCCACACGAGAACGUGUACAUUCGUACCAAGGACGGUGUGAAGCUUAACCUCAUCCUGCUUCGCUACACGGGAGGGGACACGCCUUCAGGAGUCACCCCGGGCAACCAAAGCAGCCCCGCUUCCUCUGCUCCACCUACCAUCCUUUAUUUCCACGGCAACGCUGGUAACAUCGGUCACAGGGUGCCAAAUGCUCUGCUGAUGCUGGUCAAUCUGAAAGCCAACGUGGUGCUGGUGGACUACCGCGGCUAUGGAAAGAGUGAGGGUGAGCCCAGUGAGGAUGGGCUGUACCUGGAUGCCGAGGCCACACUGGACUAUGUCAUGACCCGUCCUGAUCUGGAUAAAACAAAGGUGGUACUAUUUGGCCGCUCACUGGGGGGCGCCGUGGCCGUGCGCUUGGCGUCAGUCAACCCUCACCGCGUAGCAGCCAUUAUUGUUGAAAACACCUUCCUCAGCAUCCCCCACAUGGCAGCGACACUCUUCUCCUUCUUGCCCAUGCGCCUGCUGCCCUUGUGGUGCUAUAGGAAUCAGUUCCUGUCCUAUCGGCAGGUGGUGCUGUGCCGCAUGCCCUCACUGUUUGUGUCCGGUCUGUCGGACCAGCUCAUCCCGCCAGUCAUGAUGAAACAACUGUAUGAGCUGUCCCCUGCGCGGACUAAACGCCUGGCUAUCUUUCCAGAGGGCACACACAACGACACGUGGCAGUGUCAGGGCUACUUCGCUGCUUUGGAGCAGUUCAUGAAAGACCUGCUGAAGAGCCACGCCCAUGAGGAGAGUGCUCAGCCCUCAGCUAGUGUCACCAUUAUCUGAAAUCUGUCACAGAAAUUGACGGGAAGGACCUUUGGAAAGAAUGUAAAUUUUUUUAUGCUUUUUUGUCUGGGCUCCUACUUUAUUUCACUCUUUUUACCUAUCUAUAAAUGUAACAUUUGUUAAGAUGAUUUGACUAUUUCAAGGAUUUGAGAGAGGGUAACAAAGCCCUUGUGGUUUCUUUUUUGUGUUGCAGCUAUGAAUGCAUGUAUUUAUGACCUUUUUAUGAAUGAAGCCAGAGCAUACAUGCCCACACUGCAGGACAUGUCACAAACCUCAAAAGAAUUAGCUGGAAUGGGUCUACUGAAAUGAAUAUAAAUCAUCAAUCGUAUAAUGACCAUAUUAGGACCGUCAAUAUUUCAGUGAAAACUGAUGACUACUGGAAUUAAAAUUACACUUCUCCUAAUAUACAAAAAGUCACAGAUAAUAUGUAGGCCUAUAUUGUAUAUAUAUACACAUCUUUGUUAAUCCAUUGCACUUUUUUUGUUCAGACUUACCCAAGUGUUGAGUUAUGUAGGCUAACAUCUUCUGAGCAAUACUUUGAGUGGCAUAAGGAUGUUUUGUUUUUGUCGUUUGUUUUUCUCUCCCGUUUUGGUCAGGAACAUUAAUAUUUAGACUCCUUGCAGCAGCUUGGCAUGAAAUGACAUUGUAGUGAUCAAUAUUUAUAUAUACCCUUGACAAAGUUUGUCUGGCACAAUAGCAUAAAAAAACUGUUGUUGAAUAAUUAUAUUCAGCCACAAAAAGUGUUGGCUGAGAUAAAGUGGUCAGUAAGCUAACGUUGACAUGUUUGUUACUUCCGCCUAUCAAAAAUAAGUUCUUAUUUCCUGUCAAACUACUUCUGUUUCAGUGCGACUGGGAUACGCCGCUGUCACUGUGCUCUGUUCAAACACAGCUAGCACACAGCAGUCUUUCCUCUUAAAUGAGCUCAAGUUGCUGUUGAGAAAAUGUGCGCCUGUAGUUUGGUAAGAAGCAUUUGCUCUGUGUGUGGUUUGUUAUUAAAGGAUGGGUUUCAGAUUUCUUCAAGUCUUAGUCAGCACUAUAAUGCCUGUCCAUAUGUACAAUGCAGUUAUGAGUUAUUGGUCUCUGUAAUCCUCCUGUCCAUACUGACUGCGAAGAGAUGCAUUUCUUAUGUAAAUCUAGUGGAAGAGCUGCGGGACAAAAUACACUGGGGUCUCUUUAUGUAAAAACGUAUUCCAAAGUUGAGCAGAAACUAAUUUGAGUUUGAGCAGUAUGACUUAAGGCAAAUCAAAUGUAAGGUAUUUUCCAAAUAUUUAGAACAUUUCCUUUUUACCUUACUAAUCCUCCACUCAGAUCAACAAAUUCCAGAAGAGACAUUUAGUGUGAAAAAGACUCUCACACCAUUCCUUAAUGGCCAGUACAGACAGGAGGAUUUAUUACAGCCAUGACUCUUAUAACAUACCUUUUAUAUGGGCCUGUGGGAACAGUAUGGUAUUAAGAAAGUCCAAACCUGUCCUUUAAGAACCAAAAAUAAAGUGUGAGCAUUUGUAAUCAAAUGUUGUGGUUAUUUGUACGCUAUUAUCAUCAGCGUCACAAUUGUUAACUCUGGGUUCCUCGUCUCACCCCAUGCUUAUGUGGCAAGAUGGCUUUACUCACUUGGGGGGCUUUUAAUGAGCUGAUUAACCUUUCCUGCAUGUCUUCCAGGGGGUGGAGCAGAGCUUGACAACACUGUUAUCUGCUCUUGCUUUCCAAAUGCAGCAUGCUGCACUGCAGUGGUAUCAAAUCCAUUUGAAUACCAAUCUCCUUAGCCAUAUUUGAUACUGUUUGUAAACAGUAUGAUAAACAAAAUUUAACAAACAUCAGAAGACCAAAUUUGUUUGUGUCAUGUGAUAACAACUUGAAAAAACGGUCUAGAGGCUUCUAUGAAUGUAAAUUGUGGUUGUAAAACAAGUGUGCUUUAUAAGAACUAAUGUAUAAAUAGUCUUUUCUCCCUUUUGUGUGACUUUUUGCCGCCAGUGGCACAGAACAGUUUCUGACAUUUUUGUAUUAUAUCAAAUCCAUAAGCUGAGUUGGAUGAAUUGUAUGGUUUUUAUCCUAUUACAUAUUGGUAGAGCACAUUGUACAAUUAAACCAUGUGACAAUACUAUACAUUUAGUUCCAUAUGCUUUGUUUUACACACUUCUGCUAUUCAUUUUGUUUUGCAUUGCAUCCAUCUCUUCAUUCAAAAAAAAAACAUGUAGAAACCUGUCAUCAUUCACGUGAUUUAUUCUUUUGGUGGCUGGCCUAAAAAUAAUCAUAACUAGAAUACUGGCUUUUUAAUCCAAGCCAAAUGUGUUAUUACUGUUGAUGAAGAAGUGGAAUACAAUUGAAUGUCUGUUCAUUUUUUUUCUAUGAAGAAAAUCAUUUGCCAGGUAUUGUGCACAUGCACUAUGGGACAUAUUGUAUGUGUCCAUAUGAUUGUGAAUAGGGUGGGAUGAAUGCUGAUGAAGGUGUUGGCAUAAUUUUGAAAUUUGCAUUUGAAAGCUGGCAUGUGAUUACUGUAAUGAACCUGCACAGUGUUGACAUGAUUUGUGUACAUCUACCGUGACUUGCAGUGACUCCACGUUGAAGAAACACUGAUGGGAUAUCUGAACAGUCAGAUAUCUGAAUUAUUCAUCUUUAUCUUUAGUAUGAAGCAGUCAGUUUGAGGGAUUUUCCAUUUAGAGUAAUGUUUCUUUUCUAUUUCAAACAAAUGUUGACAACUUCUUUUGUAAGCACACAUUUUCACUUUCUAUUUUCUGUACUGUAACAUGCAAUAAAUUGAUACAUUAAAA